AUGAUGACUAGCCAGAUGACCGCAAUCAAACUACCUUUAGUCCUGUUAAGUGUAUCAUUGUUCCUACUAGCGGUUGUGUGCGUGGUGGCCCAGCGACGUUACGUUCCUCCUCGAACGACGACUGUAGCUGACAAUUUCCUGGAGGUGAGCAGCGUGAAGUGUGACGUCCUCAAGAACGACCACUGCGGCUCCCUGGACCCCAAACAACAGAAGUAUUACGUGACCUUCCCGCCCCCCAAGAAACCAACCAGACCUCCGCCCAGACCCCGCGGAGGAAACGCCGAUGAGGAUGGGAUCGUGUGGCCGAAGGAGUAUCAUUUAAAAGGUGAAAUGACUUUCAUGAGUAUAGGACUCCAGGAGCCAUUUGAAAUAUGGUACAGUGCUGUAGACAAUAAGUCGAGGAUUGAUUAUUACGACGGCACCGUGAAGAGAUACUACGUCGGAGAAGAGGAGGAUGAAGGGGAGGAAUAUAAUAUAUUUCCUGUGUUCAUUGAGAAGGAGAUGACAGUGAUGUGUGUUAAACAACCGUCAGAUGGAGGUGUCACGGACUUCUUAAUAGAUCCUAGUAACUUUACAUAUUCAGACACGACAUCAUAUAAUGGAAAAACGGUUCAGGUGUGGAAGAAUGUUGAAAUAGAAUUAAACAAAGAGAAAGUAGAACAAGUGUUGUAUGUGUACAAACAAGAUGGAGUUCAUAUACCGAUAAGAGUUGAAGAAAUCAAACAUAAUCUAUGGACUGGUGCUCUAGAGGGACACAAGAUAACCACUUACUACGACUACUCGAAACCUACGGAGAGUGACUUCAAUGUAGAAUUAGUGUCUGAAUGUGAAGACGCCUCCGACUUCUAUAACGACCUGAAACUACUACAUCCAAUGAUACCCUCGGAUGUGGACAGACUUUAUCACAGUUACAAAAAACAUCACAACAGAAACUACAAAGCUGAAGAGCAUGAACUGCGAAAAUCAAUAUUAGAACAAAACUGGCAACGCGUCAUCCUUCAUAACAAAAAAAACUUAGGCUUCAAGUUGACUCUCAACAAAUAUUCUGAUCGUACUAAUGAAGAGCUAUCCGUCCUGACUGGCACGAGACCCUCGUCUGGUACAGGCUCCGUCUCCUUCCCUCACACCGAUGAGGAAGUGGAACAGAUGGUGUUGGAUCUUCCUGAGAACUAUGAUAUGAGGCUUGAAGGAACCAUUAGUGCUGUCAAGAAUCAGGGUCACUGUGGCUCCUGCUGGACCUUCUCCACCACAGCCGCGGUGGAGGGAGCGCUGGCCAGGAAGAACGGAGGCAGAGACCUGGACCUCAGCGAACAGUCUAUAGUGGACUGUGCCUGGGGAUAUCACAACGCCGGCUGUGACGGAGGUAUGAUAGACACGGCCUUCAAGUACAUCCUGGACUACGGCAUCCCCACACAGAUAGAAUAUGGAGAUUACCUUGGAGAGGAUGGUUACUGUCACAUCGAGAACGUCACUAACGUCUACAACAUCAUCGGGUUCGUCCAAGUCCCCUCUAAGAGUGUGAACGCUAUGAAGGUAGCUCUGUACAAGUACGGUCCGGUGUCAGUGGCUAUUAAUGCGGACAAGAUGUUACUGGCGUAUGAAAGUGGAGUCUUCUUCGACCCUGAGUGUAAUGAGGAGGGUAUCAACCACGCGGUGACGGUGGUGGGGUACGGUGUUCGAGACGGAGCCACCUACUGGAUCGUGAAGAACUCCUGGGGAGAGGACUGGGGCCAGGACGGAUACCUGCUCAUCUCCGCCACUGACAAUAACUGUCACAUACUAGAAUACGCGUACUAUCCACUAUCCGGAGCCACAGUGUACUCGACUGUGGUCACCCCUCACCCCUCACCCGUCAGCCGUCACCCCUCACCCUCCGAGGGCUGUUCGUCGCUCAAUCCGUGUCCCGCUCGCCGUCUCGUAGGACGUGCGUCAUGUUCCAAUGAUCUGUGCCAGUGGUUGGUCGAAAAUGUCCAAUUAUCAUCAGCUAUUGGCCGUUAUAUUCGCUGUCAACCUCGUCAUUGCUUCACGUCGCUGGCUGUAGGUCAGGGUCUAAACGCUCUUGACAUGGAUCGACGGAGCAGUCAGCCCCUGUGGCUGCUACCCCAUGGAAAACAUUUAUAUACAAGUGGUGGAAACUUGAGUCUUACAAUUAGAGGUGAAGUCGUAGUAGUAACUAUGGUUAUUGGGAUCAAUGAGAGAAUAGGACACAUCAAUUCCAUGGUUUUGAAUCCUAUAACCUUUUGCUUUAAGAUUAAAAAGAAGCAGCAGCGCUACUUCUGUGGCCCUACGAACAUGUUUUUGCAUAUUGUUCCAGUGUCCUCCCUCCCGAGUCCAACGACCGAGGAGGAUGAAGACGAGGAUGAAACUACUCCGAGUCGAGCUGAUGCUGAUGAUGGGCGGGUGUACAAGAACCCUCGGAACUCACCCUCAGCUCAGUGUCCACGAGACGAGGAACAGGCUACCUUACUAGGUCAGAAAUGUCUCCGCAAGUGUUCAUCGGACGAGGACUGCAAGAGUAAAAAGAAGAAGUGUCUCUGUGAUGGCGCGUGCGGCAUGUCCUGUAUAAAGCCAGGUGAGUGA